GGAGGACUGAUUUCUGACAGAGGAGGGGGCAGAGGAUAAUGAAACGUGCAGUAGAGAAAUGACAAACGGUAGCUGUGUGCUGCUUGCGCACGAUUCCCAACUAGUCUAACAGCACCGGGCACACUACAUGCUGGAGAACUUGCUUCUACAAUCAGUUAUAUAUAUCUGUAUUAGAGCAGCCGGUGGGAGCAAUUGUGCAUUGUGAUUGGCUGGAAGAGGUAGUGUCAUGUGACGCUCUUAGGUCAUCCAACAUGGCUUCCAGCAGGCUGCUACAGAAUGUGAGUUUGGCUGUAUGAGAAAUAGUCCUGUGGGGGAGAAGGCUGCUAAAGAUAUGGCUUGGAGGAUCACCAGCAUGAGGGCCCUGCAUGGGGUGUUAUUGUUGGCCGCAGCCCUGGCAGUCUUUGCUUUUUAUUACCUUGGCUCAGGAAGGGAGAAUUUCUCCAGUACCACCAAGCGGAUUAAAGAGAACUGGGCAGCCCAGAGCACCAGCACUGAAGUAGACCUUGCCUCCUCCUCAGAACUGAAGCUCAGCGAGAAGGGCAAGAUCCUGGAGAGCCAUGGGCCACUGGACUAUCACCUGCUGAUGAUGUUCACCAAGGUGCACAGGAACCCAGGCCUGCAGGACAAGUUCCAGGUGGCACUCAGUUCCCUCGUCAAGUACGGCAAGUUUGAGAGUAACGAAGUGCUCUGCCUUCACUUUGUAUCUGAUGAGCCAAGCAAAGAGAUAGGCAAAGCCCUGCUAAGGGACCUGCUGCAAGGGGCCAGCUUCAAAUAUAAGGUUAUAUUCCAUGAUGUCACCACACUGACGGAAAAACUCUUUCCUAUAGUGGAAGCCAUGCAGAAACACUUCAGCUCUGGCUCUGGGACCUAUUACAGUGACUCAAUCUUCUUCCUGUCUGUGGCACUUCACCAGAUAAUGCCUAAAGAAAUAUAUCGGAUUGUUCAGCUGGAUCUGGAUCUGAAGUUUAAGACCAACAUCCGGGAAUUGUUUGAGGAGUUUGACAACUUUAUGCAUACAUCAGUGAUUGGAAUAGCACCAGAAAUGCAGCCCGUGUACAGGCAUACAUUUUGGCAGUACCGCAGAGAGAACCCAUUAACCAAGGUUGGUGACCCUCCACCAGACGGAAUGCCUGGGUUCAACAGCGGAGUGAUGUUGCUGAAUCUAGAGGCAAUGCGACUGUCAAAACUUUACAACGAGCUCCUGGAACCUAAUGCUGUUCAGCAACUUGCAGAAAAAUACCACUUUAAAGGUCACUUGGGUGAUCAAGACUUUUUCUCCAUGAUUGGGAUGGAGCACCCAGAGCUGUUCUAUGUCCUGGACUGUGGCUGGAACAGGCAACUCUGCACUUGGUGGAAGGAUCAUGGCUACAUGGAUGUUUUUGAUGACUACUACAGGUGUGAAGGCCACAUCAAGAUUCUUCAUGGCAACUGCAAUACUCCAAUUCCAGAUGAAUAACACUGACCGCAUAUUGAGGUUAUUAGAACAAUUGAGUUCUUUGCCACACACAGCAAGAAGGGGACCCACACUUCACGCGAUUGCUAGUUACCUCUUGUGCUUAAAGUGGUACAUUCUACAAUAGACUAGAAAUUAUAAAAAAACAUCAACAAAUUGUGCAGUAUCUUUUAAGGGACAGCACCUUCUGUUUUAAUUGUACUUCUAUUUUGUGAUUAAAUGUUAUGUUUUCCCUAUGACACCUCAAGCAGAAUAUUCUCUCCUUCUAAGAACAGAAUUGCAUUUUUAGGCAGGGGCAUAUAACUACAGUAUGUGUAAGGAAGCUAAGACGCUAAGUUACGGAGCAGUGUCAAUAUCAUUUCCUGCAACACUAUUAAAGAUCCAAUGU